AUGACCCGCCCAACACUCAAACUGACCUACUUUGACUCGCCUGGCCGCGCCGAGCUGACACGCCUGGCGCUCUUCCUCCACGACAUCCCGUUCGAGGACGAGCGGGUCAGCUACGCUGAAUUUAUGGCGCGCAAGCCGACGCUGCCGUUCCAGCAACUCCCGACGCUCACUGUCGACGGAGAAGUCUUUGCGCAGUCGCACGGCAUGGCGCGGUAUAUUGGCCACCUUACCGGUCUCUACCCAACGUCCAACCCACUGGGUGCGUACCGCGUCGACGAGAUCGUCGCCGCGUCCGGUGAUAUGAUGAGUCGGUAA